CAUGUGCAGGUCACAUGUGUCACAUGUGGACACUGUCACUGAUGCAAAAUAACAACAUCUAUCGACGGUGUUUUUCACUAAUGAUCCUUUUCGAUCUAUAAAAGGAAGACCAGAGAUAUGUUUUGUUACCGAUAAUCGUGUUCGCCAACCACUCGAAUCUGCAGAAUGUUUCCUCUAUCCAAAUAUUUGCUACAGAUAUGCAUAUCGCAUUUGUUUGUGGUAGUGCAGCUUAGCUCAGGUAAUUAUCUUCGUAUUUUUUUACGUAAAGAAAGAGUACGUGCUUUUGAUUAAAAAAUGUCAACUUUGAUGUUCUUGUUAUGUCAACUUUGAUGUUCUUGUUAUGUCAACUUUGAUGUUCUUGUUAUGUCAACUUUGAUGUUCUUGUUAUGUCAACUUUGAUGUUCUUGUUAUGUCAACUUUGAUGUUCUUGCCAUGUCAACUUUGAUGUUCUUGCUAUGUCAACUUUGAUGUUCUUGUUAUGUCAACGUGAGCUACAGCUUUUAAUUAUUGGUGCAUUGAAUUUUCAUUGAAAGCUUUACCUUUAUUAAAGCAAUUUUCAUCAUCAUCAGUGGUGCUACAGCCUAUGUAGGACGGAAGGAUGCCGAUUAUAUAUACAUCGUCGAUCCAUCUCAGCCUUGGGUGACCGGUGAGCCGUCUGCCCCUAGGCUCUCUGCCGGUAUAUCACUUUUGUUGCUCUACCCUCUGGCAUCCUUUCAAUAUGUCCUGCACAGAGCAGUCUGACUCUUUUCAUUGUUGCGACUAUGGGUGGGUCUUUGUACAAUUCGUACAGCUGUUGGUUUGAAAGGAUUCUCCAAACAUCAUUGUCUAUCGCUCAAUGGGCCAUAUAUAUUUCUGAGCAUUUUCCUCUCCCAUGCAUUGAGCAGGUUCUCUGUUUCUCUCUUAUAAGGGACGUGUUCAGUACACAAAACAAUCAUGGAUGAAGCAAAACUCGUCUGUUUUCGUCCGUGCUUUCUGAAUUACCAAAUUUUUUUCGGACUUGUACAUUUGGAACCUUCAGUUAUUUUAAAAGCGAAUACAAUUUUGAUUUGAAGUUUAUCCCCAGUAAAACAUUCUUUUCGAUUUGAAGGUGGGCAUCUAUAAAAGAAAACGAAAGAUGUUACAUUUCAAGGUUUUAUGUAUUUUUCUUUCAGCAAAUUCCAUUAUGUUGCUUACAUUUUUGUUAACAAGCUUCAGGUUACAUAGUUUGGAAGUUUGAACUUUAUACAACGAUAUAACAUCUUGGACGAUAUAAUAGGAAAAAAGCAACAUAAUCAAUGUGUUCAAUUCAUCUCGUACGUUAGUAAUGACCCUUGUAUGGUUCAGCUUUAAAUAAUAUCAUGCAUCUUUAACACCCAGCUGUGAGCUUUGGUCCAAUGGAGUCCAGAGGACAAUUGACCGAUCCUAGAAUCUACGAAGCUUCCGGGCUCGCCAUCAGCAGAGUUCAUAAAAACAUUGCUUACACCCACAAUGAUAAAGAUGGAAUCCACGAGGUCUUUGCUUUUGAUAUCAAUUCAGGCAGCACAGUAAGUUGCACACGGUAGUUAAUACUAGGAAAACUUUUUAGAGGAAUUACAAUAAUCACCAAACCUGGGGUUUUCUCUUUGCAUUUCCUUUGUAUCGAAAUGCAACAUUUCGACUGCAUGGCAAUUUAACACUUUGAUUGUGAGGACAUUACAAAUUUGUUUGAUUUGACAUUUAACACGCUGUUUGUGUGGGCAAUUAACACGUUGUUUGUAUGGACAUUAACAGGCUGUUUGUAUGGACAAUUAACACGUUGUUUGUAUGGCAUUUAACAGGCUGUUUGUAUGGACUUUUAAGACGCUGUUUGCAAGGACAUUUAACAGGCUGUUUGUAUGGACAUUUAACACGCUGUUUGUAUGGACAUUUAACAGGCUGUUAGUAUGGACAUUUAACACGCUGUUUGUAUGGACAAUUAACAGGCUGUUUGUAUGGACAUUUAACACGCUGUUUGUAUGGACAUUUAACAGGCUGUUUGUAUGGACUUUUAAGACGCUGUUUGUAUGGACAUUUAACAGGCUGUUUGUAUGGACAAUUAACACGUUGUUUGUAUGGAUAUUUAACAGGCUGUUUGUAUGGACUUUUAACACGCUGUUUGCAUGGACAUUUAACAGGCUGUUUGUAUGGACAAUUAACACGCUGUUUGUAUGGACAAUUAACAGGCUGUUUAUAUGGACAUUUAAGACGCUGUUUGUAUGGACAUUUAAGAGGCUGUUUGUAUAGAUAUUUAAAAUUUUGUUUUUAUAUAUAUUAACACUUUUUUAUGUCUGGACAUUUAAACACUUUGUUUGUCUUAACAUUUAACUCUUGGUUUGUCUGGACAUUUAACAGUUGGUUUGUCUGGAGAAUUAACACUUUGUUCUUUUGAAAUUUAACACUUUGUUUGUACUUGAUAUUUAACACUUUAUUUGCAUUGACAUUUAACACUGUGUUGGUAUUGACAUAUGGCACUUGUUAGUAUGGCCAUUUAACACUUUUUUUCCCCUCGGAUAUUUAGGGUAAAGAGAGUAAUGAAAGGAAAGCCGAAGUUAAUGGACGCUCAAUACGUAUUGCACAACACUCAACAGCCACUGAGCCAAACACUAUUUGUAAACAGUUAAAAAUAAAUCAUUUCUAUUUUAUUCACUGCGAUUCUCACCGUGCACACAGUAGAUGCUUAUUCUUUAAUUCCCUAAGGUGGCCACCCUUCUCAUCAACAAUGCGACCAACACGGACUGGGAGGACGUGGCUUACGGCCCUUGUUUUGAUGACUGUAUCACCAGCACUUGCAGGUGAGCGCUGGUAUUGUAUAACUUGUUACUGUUCUUCUGUUAAAGCUACUCAUUAAAACGGUUCUUAGCUAAGAAAUGGAUGAAUAUUCUCACUGGGCAUCGCCACUGUGAGCCAGUGCCGGAUUACUGAGACCUCUACGCAUUGGAAACUUUAUCUCUCUGAGUUCUUAACUAAACAUUUCCCAAAAUGUACGAGCGCCGAAAAAGCAAAAAAAAAAAAAAACCAUUAUAUUCCUUUUGAUUCAUGUAUUUUAACGUUAAUCCAUUACACUUUUACCCAUUUAUCUUUGGAUCUACUUUUUUUUUCUUUUCAUGGAAACUUUAUCUCUCUGAGUUCUUAACUAAACAUUUCCCAAAAUGUACGAGCGCCGAAAAAGCAAAAAAAAAAAAAACCAUUAUAUUCCUUUUGAUUCAUGUAUUUUAACGUUAAUCCAUUACACUUUGACCCAGUUAGCUUUGGAUCUACUUUUUUUUUCUUUUCUUACGUCAAGGAAUGGAAAUAUAAAUUGAACCCCACCGGCCCACUGUAAAUGGCAAAAGGCCAAAGUUAUUUACACAAACUGGUUGACUUGCAACCUCAUCAAUUCAUAAUUCCGAAAACAUGUCCUGUUGGCUUAUAUAUAUAUACUAAUGUUGUUAUUUUCUUGAAAAAUAUCUUUUCAACGUAUGCUCUUUUAUUGCGUCAUAGCUUGCCUGAUGGGACUUAUUUAUUAUAUCUUUCCAGUCAUUUUUUUUCGCCAUACUUAAAAAAAUAAAUUAUGGCGUCAUCAAAAGACUUCGUUUGAUCGAAGGCCGCGCAUUGAUAAUUAUCGUUCUCGGACAAGUGUUCAGUCUGUGUUGUCCCCUUUUGUCAUAAUUCCUCCAUUAAUUUCAUGGAGAUGGAUUUCAUAGACGCCUAAGGGUCAUUUAAGCAAGCUCACUUCACUUACGUUCAAAAUAACAUAAAAUUCAAUUGGUCUCAUUUUCUGCGGCGUCCCUUCCUACUUCGUCUUUAAGUUGAUCUGGAACUGCCGCUGUUGACAGACUCUAACUCCACGGAUGACAAAAUUUCUUACCGUAGGCGCAAAGACAAGCUGGCAAGAAUGCGUCCAGUAGCCUAGAACAGAUUGCUGGUAAAGUCACUGGGUUUAGCAUUAAAAAAGUCUAAGAUAAUUCAUUAUGUAAGAAUCGGUCACCACAUUAUUGAAAAUAGCCAUACGUUUAUGUGCUUUGUCAACAAUUCCUCCGGCGAAGAAGAUGUUGAAAUAAAUGUGCGUUUGCGGGUUUGGGCGUGUCACAAAAUGUUUGAAGGUAAUGGUCAUAAUUGGAUCCAAAACACUACAGUUUUAUGACUGCAUCAAAAACGUAUGUCCUCAGCUGGCUUUAAUGUCAGCGAGACAUGGUAAAUGACAAAGAAAACAGCCCGGACAUCAGAGGUAAUUUAUCAGAGUCGUCUGAUGAGGAUCAUGGACGAUGAUCUGCAGUAAUCACGUAAAGAGCAAACAAAAAAUCCUAAGAAUAAGCUGCGCGCUUAUUAAUGGCGCGAUCGUUUCCCUGCCGACAAUGACAUUAUCUGACAUAUCUUCCGCCUGUCACAAGAGCCUAUGGACGAUACAAAUGAUGAACGCUUCGGCCGGGAACCUUCCUUCACACAGCUUGAACGCAGCCCUUCAUUCAUUAACCUUGUAUCGUGUACUAGGAAAUAAAUUGUAUCCUGUACUGACAGAAAAGUUCAUUCUGUGCUCGCAAAGAUUUGAAAUAGGACUGGUCUCUCAUGUCGUAAGUCUUUAGUGUACUCACAUAAAAGUGAAUUAUUUUUGUUUGUGUUCUCAGGUAUACACUUUACUCACCACACAAUGACGGGUUAUUCUAGGGCAGUAGUUCUCAACCUUCCUGAUCAUGUGACCCUUUAAUAGAGUUCCUCACCUUGUGGCGACCCCCCAGCCACAAAAUUAUAUCGUUGCUACUUCAUAGCUGUAGAGCAUAUGUGUUUUCCGAUGGUCUUAGGCGACCCCUGGGAAAGUGGGUCGCGACCCACAGGUUGAGAACCGCUGUUCUAGGGUAUGAGUAGUUUUCAUUCAGACACCUCCGGAAGAUUUUUUGAGUCCUUUGUUAUGUUAUAUAAUGAUUCCCGUUAUCUUGACCUGAAUAUCCACAGUGCACAGACGACGCCUACCAGGUACUGCAUUUACAUAGCAGACGUUGGAGUCCACGUGGCGAAAGGCACUGAGAACGUGAUCUACGCCAUCAGGGAGCCCUUGACCUUGCAAGACGCCACUGUUGAUUUGGUGGGGUCAUUGGCGUUCAAGUAGGUCCACUGUUUUUUUUUAUCUUCUACUGGUUUGGGGGGGGGGGGGCUGCAAUGCCUUGUAUUGACUCUAUAUGUCUUUUUUUCGCGUGAAUUUGUUGCUUACGAUAGUGGGUUAACGGAUAAGAGCACAUUGGGGGGGUACAAGAUCUUCCCGGGGAUUUUUUUUAUCUUCUACUGGUGUGGGGGGGGGGGGGCUGCAAUGCCUUGUAUUGACUCUAUAUGUCUUUUUUUCGCGUGAAUUUGGUGCUUACGAUAGUGAGGUAACGGAUAAGAGCACAUUGGGGGCGUACAAGAUCUUCCCGGGGAUUAUAGUUUUAAAAUACAGCAUCAGAUUGGCAUUGCAGUCUUUCGUAGACAGAGUGAUAUAAGACUUUCCCUUCCACCCCCCCUUUUUUUUCCUCAAUUGAUCUAUCUGACGUAGAUAGAACUUAAGGGAAUUUUAAAAAUCAAAAUUAAUUAUUUCAGUCUUUAAAGGAAUAAUUUAAUUUUCUCAAUUUGAUAAGUUAUAUAUUUAAAUGGCCAUGUAAUAAGUAUCGAAUAAUAUAUCAAUUAAUAAAAUUCAGGUCACGUGUCUGGUACUAUUGCCAAGAGAGAUAAACCUUCGGAAUAGGGUAGAAAUUAGGGCAAACAAGGUGGUGCAGCCUUAAAAAAAGUUAUGGGCAGUGUAAUUAAAGUGACACAACACGUAGUCAAAUGCAGAAAAAAAAUUGAAACAUCAUUGUAGCGAAAAAUUCAAUGAAGAAAUUCAGACGCCAUUUUCUGUAAAUUUUAAUCACCCCAAAAAACCAAAAAAACCGUACAAAUCUGACGAGUUUGCAAAGAAGCAAUGUCGAUCAUUUACUAAUGCCAGACAUGUGGUUUAUGUGUUAAAACAACCGUUGUGGUCAGCAGUGGCGGGUUCAAACCCUUUCAAAUGGGUUAAACCAUUUUUAAAAAAAAUACUAAUUCAAAUACUAAUCAUUUAUAAAAUAUCGAUAAUACACUGGUUCUUUGGGUUUAAAUAUUUUAAUUUCUUAAAAUUAAUUUUUUUUUAAAAUUUUAUCGUGUACAACAAAAUCUUGGGCCAAGAACGAUCCAAUGCGCGAGGGAGAGCAUGAGAUUUUGAAGUUUUCCAAGUGAAAAUUCUAAUCGCUCCAUUUUGACAACAGAAAGUCGAAGGCAUGGGUACAUUUGCACAGGAAAUAGGGGUGUGAUCUCAGCGUAACUCAACCCGUCGCUUCGUUCGUGGGUUACACUCAUGUUUGCAAUGUUGCUGUUCUUGUCGCACGAGCCAUCAGUUCAAUGCCAGAAUUUCAACCCCACCCCCACCCCCCAAAAAAAAAUAAUAAUAAUUUUAAAAAAAAAUUAAUAAAAAUCUUUUUCGUUUUCUACCAACCAGCUGGACAGAAGUAAACGCAGAGACCCUUAUGAUUUCACCAGGUGGUCAGCUUUUCAUUAUGUCCAAGGUGUUUGGUGGUCGGGCUUUGUUUGCUGAGAUUCCUGCUUCUGGUUGGAACAAAGACAGGUAGACGUUUUAAAAAAAAAAAAAAAAAAAAAAAACUUAAAAAAAUAAUAAAAGGUGGUCAGCUUUUCAUUUAGUCCAAGGUGUUUGGGGGGCGGGCUUUGUUUGCUGAGAAUCCUGCUUCUGGUUGGAACAAAGACAAGUAGACGUUUUAAAAAAAAAAAAAAAAAAAAAAUACUUAUAAAAAUUAUAAAUGAGAACCUGUGGAAACUCGAUAUAUAAGUACAAGAUGCAUCUCAUUAAAUUAACACCUUACGAUUUACAAAUAUUUCUUCAAAAAGUUUGUAUGCUUAAUGUUUUAUGCAUAAUUCGACUUUCCAGCGCAACGUGGCUUGAUUUGAAUAAUGCUGCCGUGUUUAAGAUAACGACGAACAGCAAUGAUCCUCUAGGGGGAGACAUCUCACCCAAUGGAAAGAAUGUUAUAGUUGUUGGUGAGGAGGGCAUUUAUUAUCUCAGGUGAGUCUGUAAAGCUACCAGGGGUUCUCCCGUUUUAAUAUUGAGAUCUCUGUGGCUGAGAGUCCGCAGCAUGGCUUAUAUACCACCUAUGGAUUAUAGUCCGUAGUAUGGCUUAUAGUCUGUAGUAUGGCUUAUAGUCUGUAGUGUGGCUUAUAUACCAACCUAUGGAUUAUAGUCCGUAGUAUGGCUUAUAGUCUGUAGUAUGGCUUAUAGACUGUCCAAUGGCUUCUAGGCCGGAGUAUGGCUUAUGGACCGCAGUAUGUCUUAUAUACUAUCCCAUGGAUUAUAGUCCGUAGUAUGGCUUAUAGUCUGUAGUAUGGCUUAAAGUCUGUAGUACUGCUUAUUGUCUGUAGUAUGAGUUAUUGUCUGUAGUAUGGCUUAUAGUCUCAAGACUGGCUUAAUUGAACCGUCCCUUUGGCUUAGUGCCCACAGUUGGCUUAUCGCCCAUCACAUGGCUUAUAUAAUGGUAAAUGGUUCGACCAUCGUAGGGCUUAAAAACAGUUUUAUGGCUUAUAGUCCAUUGUUUGGUUUACAGCAUGUCUUAGAACUUAUGGUCUGUCCCAUGGUUAUAGUCUGUCUUAUGGCUUAUAGUCCAUUAUCUGUUUUAAUUGUGUUACGGACUAAGGACAUUUCAAAUCUUCAUUAACGUCCAGGGAAUGGGGUGUUGAAGAAAAGGUUGUGGACUUAUGUACUUAUUUAUGUUUGAGUACUUAUGUGUUGAGUAAUAGGUAAUCUCCUUUCUAAUUCAUGCAGUGGCUACGCUUAGACGCCUAGGUUGUGUCUUCUGUCUUAAUACGUCUUCUGUUUAUUACGAAGCGCCUAUUUUAUUAUAUAUAGACGCAAUUAAUGGCUGAAAUUUCGAGACUCUUCAGGAGUGGGGCACAAAGAUUUUGGUACCUCGCUAAAGUUCAUUGCAAUAAUUAAUUCACAGAAUUCAAAAAGUGUGUAAUUUGAAGAAGGUGUUCACUAAAUUUUGCAUUAGAUUUUUUUUUUAUUCUUACGUCAGUGAGUUAUUUUGAUGUGGUGAUGUAAUUUUUUUGAAUGCUGAUGUGCUGCGAGUGGACAAAGAGCCAACAGCCAAGCAACUCUGUCAUUGUGUAUUGUGGCUGCUCCUUUUGGAGUUGUCUGUGGGCUUCAGUUGUUUUUGUUCCACAAAUUCUCCUAUAUAUCUCCGGGCCAGGUCUCAAAAGAUUCCUCCCUUUUUUUUCCACCUUUCCUGUACAAAUACUGUGAUAAUAUAUUGUUAAACAUAUUUCUAUUUAAAUUAAAAAAAAAAAAUUGAAAAAUAAAAAAAUGUUGGGUGGUAGUUCAACUGAAGCUGGUACUGGACAAGCUAAAACUAGUUGACACAAAUUUAUAUAAUACAGAUUCUUCUCUUCCCUCAUUUCAACUGGAGCUGGUACUGGACACGCUAAAACUAGUUGACACAAAUUUAUAUAAUACAGAUUCUUCUCUGCCCUCAUUUCAACUGGAGCUGGUACUGGACACGCUAAAACUAGUUGACACAAAUUUAUAUAAUACAGAUUCUUCUCUGCCCUCAUUUCAACUGGAGCUGGUACUAGACACACUAUAACUAGUUGACACAAAUUUAUAUAAUCCAUAAUUUUUUCUCCCCCCCCCCCAGUGUCCCAGACAACGAUUACAUCAAGGCAGUGAAAAACAACGUGCCGAUUCAAGUCAACACGUACCAGAGGGUCAACAACAGUCAGGGCAUCGCAUGGUCACCGGAUGAAAAGGGUUUUUACGUGCUAGCUGAAGGCAGGAAUAGCACCCUGUAUUUUUACUCGUUCGAUGAAUUUGGACUUAUCGUUGGUUAGAUAUUAAAAUAUGGAUCAAAGAAUCACCUUGUUAUUUAUGUCGUUGAAUGGAAUAAAAUUGAUUAUAAAAUUUAAGGAGCAAGUAUAUAUAUUUUUUUGACAUUAACUAUA